AUGUUGAUGCAAGCAAGACCUCAUAUAAAAUGUUUAGGAGGCGGAGCCAAGGAAAAAUACCCUGAGUUAGAGGAGUCUCUUAUUGAUGGAAGUACUCAUCAACGAACAACUACUUCGCAAAGAUUACCAGAAGAUAUGAUUGAAUUGCAGCAUGAAUUCUUAUCUUAUGUAUUAUACAAACGAAUUCAACAUAAUUAUGAAUUAAGGUUGAUAGGCACGUUAAUGAAACCCCUUACUAUGAAUCUUUCAGGGAAUUUAACUAUUGAUGAACAUAGUAAUCGUACAAUUAAUAUUUUAACAACAGGCCAUGAAAAAUCACAUUUUAUUGUAGUUCCGGCUUGUAUAUCUAAUGGAAUAAAAUUACCUCUGUUGGUUAUUUUUAAGUUCAAAAAUAUCCCAUGUAGAAAUUUUCCUUCUAAUGUUAUUGUAAGAGCACACUCGACUGGUUGGAUGAAUGAAACUAAGAUGAUAUGGUGGAUUCAUAAUAUUUGGUCAAACCAACUGCCCUUAGAAAAUCAAGAAAAUAAUCCAUUCGCUAAUGAUAAUGUAUUCAUUGAUGAAGAAAUUGGUGACAACCAUUAUGAUGAAAAUGAAUUAAACCAU